AUGCUCGCACUGCUGCCCUCAGAGGUCCGCCCACCGCCCGUCGCGCACCCGUCUAUCACGCGCCGCAACACAGCCAACCAACAAGCCCCAUCACGCCCGCCCCCGCCAUCAGCCGUGGCGAGCUCCUCAUCGACAACCCGCCCGUCCUCCUCGUCCCUCACCCCGACUCCAACAGCUCCCGCAGCACCGGCAGCUCCCGCACCCGGCCCGUCACAAAUAAACAUCCACAAUUACCCCAGCGCGGAGUUGUUGAGGUUGCUCGCGAGCCUGCUCACCCAGAUCGCCCAGGCGAACGACAAGCUCCAGGCGCCCGACGGCCCCGCGCCCGUACCAAGCCCCACAGCGCUCGCGACGCGGCCGGUAUGGCAUACGUUGACCACUGCAUCACGUGGUUCGCUCGCCAGCCAGACGUCGCCGCUCGCGUUCCACGCCCGCACGGUGCCCACGAUCUCCUUGCACGCCUACCUCGCCCGUAUCCACAAAUACUGUCCGGCUCCCAACGACGUAUUCUUGGCGUUGCUGGUGUACUUUGACCGCAUGGCGCGGCUCAGUGCGGAUGCGACUGGAAGGGCCUUUGUCAUUGACAGCUAUAACGUACACCGGCUGGUCAUCGCGGGCGUUACGGUCGCCAGCAAGUUCUUCAGCGAUGUGUUCUAUACGAACAGUCGAUACGCGAAGGUCGGCGGCCUCCCGCAAUCCGAGCUGAACCAACUGGAAUUGCAAUUCUUAUUGCUCAAUGACUUCCGUCUGCGGGUGUCAGACGAUGAGAUGCAGCACUACGCAGACCAGCUCGUGCUGUUCAGCCAUACAAAUGCUGUCCCACCAUCACCGUCUUCGCUACCUCUCGCAUUGGCCGAUCCUACCGGCUCUUCUCAUCCACAUCAUUCGCACCACCACGAGCAUUCGUCGCAUAACCAUCAUCCACACCACCCAUCGCAUCUAUCGCACUCAUCGACUUACCCCACUUCGUCCACUUCUGCUUCCGCCUCAUCUUCAUCUGCGCACGCCUCGUCAAGCGCGACGCCACACGUAAACGGCACCACCAACCGACCACGUCUAACGCACCAAGCGUCGAUGACAUCUUUGGCGUCCGAGACGGAGUCUACGGACGCGGGAGGGAGCACGGACGACGAGCCGACUGUGCGGCCUGCGUACAGUACGGCUAGUCAUACGGACGAUGAGACGGACGACGACGAUGAUGAUGGGAUUGGGAGCGAUGGGACGGAGGGGGCGGGGAGCGAUGAGGAAGAGGAUUUGGGUGAUGGAGGGAGAGGAGGGAAGGGUGCGCGAUAG